AUGUCCUCUCCACAGCAACCAAGUUCACCUGUUACUGGUGCAAGAAACGAGAGUUCUUCUCCUGCGCCAACUGCUGGCUCCAUUCCUGCCCAACCUUCAUCUCCAGCUCUAUUUUAUAACUCAUCUUCAUCCCAGUCUGACAUCUUUGGACGGCAUGGAUCACAAGCAGGUACAGCAAGAAACAAUGCUGCGUUUGGCUCAUCGCCUAUGAAUUAUCCAUCUUCCUCCCAAAACCAAUCCUCUGAUCUUUUGAAUCCUCAAAGAAGAACCAGAAGACCGGGAGGUAGCUCAACGAAUACUCCAGGAACUACGAGAUUUUCAGACAUUAGAAGUGAUAGAAACAUUCCCAGUUCCUCUUCAUCAUUCGGUAGUUCGAGAAAUAACAUUCGUAUGAGGAGAAAUGAUAUUCAUGCAUCUGAUCUCUCGUCACCAAGAAGAAUCGUUGAUUUCGAUUCUCAUUCUGGGGUACAUACCUCAUCAUCAUCUGCAGUGCCAACUUCGGAUGCAAAUGAACCACUCAGAAUUAUUUGGGGUACCAAUGUUAGUAUCCAAGAAUGUGCAACUAAAUUUAGAAAUUUCUUAAUGUCUUUCAAAUAUAAGUUUAGAAAGACACUUGAUGAAAGGGAACAAUUUAUAAACUCUACAACGGAUGAGGAGCUGUACUAUGUUCAGCAAUUGAAUGAAAUGAGAGAAGUUGGUAAUUGCAAUUUAAAUCUAGAUGCCAGAAAUUUAUUAGCAUUUAAACAAACGGAAGAGUUAUACUAUCAGUUACUAAAUUAUCCACAGGAAGUUAUAUCCAUCAUGGAUCAAACCAUCAAAGAUUGUAUGGUCUCUCUAGUUGUUGAUAACCAUUUGGAUUUUAAUCUAGAUGACAUCGAAACUAAAUUCUAUAAAGUUAGGCCAUAUAAUGUCGGUACUGUGAAGGGAAUGCGUGAAUUAAACCCAAACGAUAUUGAUAAAUUAAUUAGUUUGAAAGGGCUUGUCUUAAGGGCCACACCGGUCAUCCCUGAUAUGAAAGUAGCAUUUUUCAAAUGUAAUGUUUGUGAUCAUACGAUGGUUGUGGAGAUUGAUAGAGGUGUUAUUCAGGAACCUGCCAGGUGUGAACGUGUGGACUGUGGCGAACAAAAUUCAAUGUCUUUAAUCCAUAAUAGGUGCUCAUUCGCAGAUAAACAGGUCAUUAAACUACAAGAGACUCCUGAUUUGGUCCCAGAUGGGCAAACACCACAUGCUGUCUCACUUUGUGUGUAUGAUGAACUAGUGGACUCAUGUAGAGCUGGUGAUAGAAUUGAAGUAACCGGGACGUUCAGAUCUAUUCCAAUUAGGGCUAAUUCAAGACAGCGUAUUUUGAAGUCUUUAUAUAAGACAUACAUCGACGUUGUUCAUAUUAAAAAAGUUUCUGAUACAAGAUUGGGUGUUGACACAUCUACUAUUGAACAAGAGUUAAUGCAAAAUAAACUUGAUCACAAUGAAGUAGAAGAGGUGAAAAAGAUUACCGACCAAGAUAUUGCUAAAAUUCGUGAUGUUGCAAAUAGAGAGGAUUUAUACGAUGUACUAUCUCGCUCUAUUGCCCCAAGUAUUUUCGAGUUGGAUGACGUUAAGAAGGGUAUUUUGCUUCAAUUAUUUGGCGGUGCUAACAAAGUUUUCAAAAAGGGUGGUCGUUAUAGAGGUGAUAUUAAUAUAUUAUUGUGUGGUGACCCUUCAACCUCUAAAUCUCAAAUUUUACAAUAUGUGCACAAAAUUGCGCCACGUGGGGUGUAUACUUCUGGUAAGGGAUCCUCUGCUGUUGGUUUGACUGCAUAUAUUACAAGAGAUGUGGAUACGAAGCAACUAGUGCUGGAAAGUGGUGCCUUAGUAUUGUCAGAUGGUGGUAUUUGCUGUAUUGAUGAAUUUGACAAAAUGAGUGACUCCACUAGAUCUGUUCUUCAUGAAGUGAUGGAACAACAAACUAUAUCUAUUGCCAAGGCAGGUAUUAUUACUACUUUAAAUGCAAGAAGUUCCAUUUUAGCAAGUGCAAAUCCGAUUGGUUCUCGUUAUAAUCCAAAUCUACCGGUCACUGAAAAUAUUGAUUUGCCACCUCCAUUACUUUCAAGAUUCGACCUUGUCUAUUUAGUUUUAGAUAAAGUUGACGAAAGUACAGAUAGAGAGUUAGCAAAGCAUUUAACGAGCCUUUAUCUACAAGAUAAGCCAGAACAUGUUUCCAAUGCUGAUAUUCUUCCAGUCGAAUUUCUGACAAUGUAUAUUAACUACGCGAAGGAACAUAUUCAUCCAGUGAUUCUAGAAGAAGCCAAAAUAGAAUUGGUGAGGGCAUAUGUUGGGAUGAGAAAACUAGGUGAUGAUUCUAGAUCGGACGAGAAGAGAAUAACAGCUACUACGAGACAGCUAGAAAGUAUGAUUCGUUUGGCCGAGGCACAUGCGAAGAUGAGAUUGUCCAAUGAGGUUCAAUUGGAGGACGUGCAGGAAGCUGUUAGAUUAAUGAAAUCAGCUAUCAAGGAUUAUGCAACAGAUCCCAAAACUGGUAAGAUAGAUAUGAAUUUGGUUCAAACGGGUAAAUCUGUGAUUCAAAGAAAACUUCAAGAAGAUCUUACAAGAGAAGUUCUAAGAGUAUUGACGAAUCAUACUUCCGACUCCAUGAGUUUUAAUGAGUUGAUUAAACAGAUUAAUGAACAUUCCCAGGAUAGAGUCGAAUCUUCUGAUAUUUCAGAUGUGUUAUCUAGACUGCAACAAGAGGAUAAAGUAAUUGUACUCGGGGAGGGUGUAAGGAGGUCCAUCCGUUUGAAUGGGCGUGUAUAA